GUGAUAUAAUAAUUAAUGUAGCAUUUGCAAUGAAAUCACCUGACAUGUAGAAAAGAGUUAUUUUUAACAAGUUUCAUGUCCACACUUUACACAUACACACACACACGACACAAAAACACACCAUAAAACUGCAUAGUGCAAAUAAUGUCUAAUGAUUGCGACCUUCUAAAUGAAUUGAAAUGUUUGGUAGCUAUAUUAGACUGCAAUAGACCUGGACCAAGGUGUAUUCCUUGCCCUCCUUGCCCACCACCAUCGUUUUAUCCCUGUAAUCCCUGUGUACCGAGUGGCCCACCAAUGUGCAGUCCGUGCCCACCCAUAUGCCCACCACCUUGUGGACCAUGCGGGCCAUGCGGGCCUUGCCCACCGCCGUGUGGUCCAUGUGGUCCGUGUGGCCCUUGCCCGAUGCCAUGUGGCCCUUGUGGUCCAUGUGGUCCAUGCGGCCCUUGUGGCCCUUGCGGACCUUGCCCAAUGCCAUGUGGCCCUUGCGGCCCUUGUGGCCCUUGUGGCCCUUGUGGUCCUUGUGGCCCUUGCGGCCCUUGUGGCCCUUGUGGUCCUUGUGGCCCUUGCCCACUACCAUGUGGACCUUGUGGCCCUUGCGGACCUUGUGGGCCGUGUGGACCAUGUGGACCAUGUGGGCCAUGUGGACCUUGCCCACCUACUGUGUGUAUGCCAUGCCCCCCAUGCCCACCUCCAUGUCCUCCUUGUUCACCCUGUCCUCCAAUAUGUAAUCCUAUUUGUAUGCCUUGUAUGCCAUGCCCUCCAAGAAGAUCCAUGUCUUGCGACAACAUGUACAGCAAUGGAAAAAAUGGAAAUGGUCGGAGAUCUCAAUCCAUGAGCAGGGCCAUAGACGAAAAAAGAAAUGGCCUUCAAGCAUCAUUAGGGAAUGGCAAUGGAAGAAGGGGCAGUAAAUCGUUGUGGGAAGAGAUGUGCUGCGGAGGAAGGGACGGAGCAUGUUUUAAUGGCUUUGGUCCCGGGCCAAUAAUAUGCUGUUCCAAUCCUUACGACCCUUGUUACCCCAUCAAAUGGAAGCCGCCAUGCUUUGAAAAAUUCAUCCGAAACCAUGACCCGUGCAGAAAAACGACAGAGUACCUGUUUGUAAAGCAGACACCUGUGCCUGCUCUUUACCCCGGGCCAGGCGGUGGCGAAGGAGCGAGGGUUGAAGAUUUAGCAGACAUGGCCCGGCAAAUACCGAGGCUUUAUGCUCAAAACGUUUGUGGAUACAUAUGCUAGUUGUUAACACGUCAAACACACACAAAGUUCAGUCCAAAAUACAAACAAUUUUUAUGUGUA